AGGAGGAGCGCUCGCGGCCACGGCGCUCGGCGGCCGCGCGGCGACACCUGUUCGCGGCAGCCAGGGCGGCACGCGAGCUCCGGACGCCGCUCUCCUCGCUCGCCGCCCGAUCUAAGCCAAUGGACAUCUGCCGGGCCUCUGGAGAAUUCUGGAUACUAGCUUUGGACGCCUAAAGUUUUUUUCUUCUUUUUGUUUUUAAAUUAAUAUUAUUAUUAUUUUUGGAGGGGGGACCGGGAGGGGAGAUUGGUCGCCGCCGCCAACGUGAGAUUUUUUUUUUUUUUUCCCCUUGAAGGAUUCAUGCUGAUGUCUGCAGAGUCGGUUAGAGUAAAAACAGCGCAUGCCUUCCUGGAGUCAGGAUCCGUAAAUUCUGACGUAGCCCGUGCAUCUUAAAAAUCCCUAUAAUAACGCCUAGGCAUUUAAGUUGCUAUGGUCAUUCUGAUCUCAAACCAAAUGGAGGAGCUACGAAUUUUUUUUCCUUACUACGGUCGGAUGCGAUGAAGACCUUCCUGCCUGUUAAGAGCUGGGGAUCUAUCUAUUGAGAUACAUAGAUAUGUUUAUCAAUAUGUCAGUGUGUGAGUAUAAAGUGGUGGUUUCUUAGACUAUCGGUGGUUUGACCUUGAACCUGUGCCAGUGAAACAGCAGAUUACUUUUAUUUAUGCAUUUAAUGGAUUGAAGAAAAGAACCUUUUUUUCUCUCUCUGCCUCUGCAGUAAGGGAGGGGAGUUGGAUAUACCUCGCCUAAUAUCUCCUGGGUUGACACCAUCAUUAUUGUUUAUUCCUGUGCUCCGAAAGCCGAGUCUUCUGAUGGCUCCCUUAGGUGAAGUUGGGAACUAUUUCGGUGUACAGGAUGCGGUACCGUUUGGGAAUGUGCCCGUGUUGCCGGUGGACAGCCCGGUUUUGUUAAGUGACCACCUGGGUCAGUCCGAAGCAGGGGGGCUUCCCAGGGGACCCGCGGUCACGGACUUGGAUCAUUUAAAGGGGAUUCUCAGGCGGCGGCAGCUAUACUGCAGGACUGGAUUUCACUUAGAAAUCUUCCCCAACGGUACUAUCCAGGGAACCAGGAAAGACCACAGCCGAUUCGGCAUUCUGGAAUUUAUCAGUAUAGCAGUGGGCCUGGUCAGCAUUCGAGGCGUGGACAGCGGACUCUACCUCGGGAUGAAUGAGAAGGGGGAGCUAUAUGGAUCAGAAAAACUAACCCAAGAGUGUGUAUUCAGAGAACAGUUUGAAGAAAACUGGUAUAACACGUACUCUUCGAAUCUAUAUAAACAUGUGGACACUGGAAGGCGAUACUAUGUUGCGUUAAAUAAAGAUGGGACCCCAAGAGAAGGAACGAGGACUAAACGGCACCAGAAAUUCACACAUUUUUUACCUAGACCAGUGGACCCCGACAAAGUACCCGAACUAUAUAAGGAUAUUCUAAGCCAAAGUUGACAAAGACAAUUUCUUCACUUGAGCCCUUAAAAAAGUAACCACUAUAAAGGUUUCAUGCGGUGGGUUCUUAUUGAUUAGCUGUGUCAUCACGUCAGCUCCACUGUUGCCAAACUUUGUCGCAUGCAUAAUGUACAACGGAGGCUUGGAUGGGAACAUGCUGAUUUGUUCUGUACUUAAAGGCUCGUCCUCCUGGAGGACUGCCUGUGCCCACUUGCUUGAUUUAUUGUGAGAGGAGGAGAGGGAGACUGAGAGUGGGGGUGCGUGUGGGAGUGGAUGGGAAGCAGGGGAGAUUGAAGAGAGAAGCAAAAGCAGAGAGGACGACGGCCUGAUGCAUGCUGGGAAAUAGACACGCUUUUCCAUUUUUGAUCAGUUCUACUUCAUCCUAUAUCAGCACAGCUGCCAUACUUCGACUCAUCAGGAUUUUGGCUGGUGGCCUGCACAAGGGUACGCUGCAUUUUCAAAGGCAUGGAGGGUGCAGUCUUACUUAAAAGACUUUUUCAGUUAAUUCUCACUGGUGUCAUCCCAGUGAAUUGAAAGCAAAGACCUCUUAGUAAAAAAAAAAAAAGUUAAAUUUAUUUAUAGAAAUUCCAAAGGCAACAUUUUAUUUAUUUUAUAUAUUUAUUUAUUAUAUAGAGUUUAUUUUUAAUGAAAUAUGUACAGGCCAGAUAGGCAUUUUGGAAGCUUUAGGCUCUGUAAGCAUUAAAUGGCAAAGUCCGCUACAAACCUGUGGUAAAUUCAUGCAAGUAAAUAUAAUGGUGCAUGGAUACGAGAAAUUCUAAUGACCCUAAUGUACUAAAGGCGACAAUCUCUUUUGUGCCCGUAUUAUUGUAAACUUAUGCACAUCAUUCAUGACACUGAGUAUUCACUCUUCAGACUGCUUGUUUCAUAGCUUCUCCCAGAGGAUUAAAGAUAAACUGGGUCUUAAACUUU